CCGCCCCGCCCCAGUCCCGUCCCGAGGGUGGCGCGCGGGCAGCGCGGUGGUCGCUGCCGAUGGAGGUGGGAGCCGGCGCUGAGGCGGAGCCGCUGUUGCCCCCACGGAGCUGGCGAGCGGGACGGAGGCUCUGGCGGGCCGGUGCCCGUUCCGUCGCUGAGGAUGGUACUGGGAGUGAUAACGACCUUUAUAUAAACCAAGCCAUAGUAUUUAUUGAAGAUGCGAUACAGUAUCGAUCCAUAAAUCAUCGUGUGGACGCCAGGUCGCUGGGGCUUUACCGCUGGUACUACUCAAGAACUUGCCAGUGGAUCUUGAGUUUAACCAUUACUGUAAUCCUGGCACUGGCUUUCAUCGAGAAGCCUUCUUCACUUACCCUCACCUCAGACGUCCGUUACCGCCUCCCAGCCUGGAACCCUCCCUGCGGGCUGACCGAGAGCAUCGAGCUGCUUUGCUUGCUGGUGUUCGUGGUCGAUGUGUCCGUCAAGAGUUACUUAAUUGGCUGGGAAGAGUUCUGGAAAAAUAAGUGGCUAAUGGCUUAUAUACUGACAUUAAUUAUCUCCCUGACUGAUUGGACUGUAUCACUGAGUUUUUUCUGCAUGGAGAACAUGAGAAUAAGAAGAAUUCUUCGUCCUUUCUUUCUCCUUCAGAAUUCUUCUAUGAUGAAGAAGACUUUAAAAAGUAUCAACAGCACACUGCCAGAAAUGGCAAGUGUUGUUCUGCUGCUAGCUGUUCAUCUGUCUCUCUUCACCAUGUUUGCUAUGCUGCUGUUUGCUCGGACAAAGGAUGGGCAGCAGGACAAGGAGUGGAUGAGGUAUUUCCGGAACUUGCCAGAUUCGCUGACGUCACUGCUGGUCCUGCUAACCACAGCAAAUAACCCUGAUGUGAUGAUUCCUGCGUAUUCUAAGAACCGAGCCUAUUCCAUCUUCUUCAUCCUCUUCACUGUGUUAGGCAACUUGUUUCUGAUGAACUUGCUUACAGCAAUCAUCUACAACCAGUUCCGAGGGUACCUGCUGAAGUCGGUUCAGUCCUCGCUGUUCAGGAGGCGGCUGGGAAUCCGGGCUGCGUUCGAGGUGCUUUCCUCCCUGAAAGAGGCUCCUGCUAAUGCACAACAGUCAUAUGUCAGUGCUGGGGCCUUAAAACAAGUGCUGCAGAAAGCUGAGAUGGAUUCUCGCUGCAAACAAGCCAUCCUGAGGUCACUUGAAAUGUGCUCCUGUGACCAGCUGUCAGCUACCCAGUUUCAGAAGCUCUUUGAAGAACUAGACAAAGAUGCCAUUAAGCAACAUCCUCCCAGUCCAGGCUACCAGUCCCGUUUGAUGCAGAAAAUGCAGUUUGCCUUUGGCCAUCCCUACUUUGGCUACUUGGGGAAUGUUGUAGCCCUUGCAAACAUUAUUUCUAUCUGUGUGGUUUUGGUGCUAGAUGCAGACAAGCAGCCUUCUGAAAGAGAUGAUUUCUUCCUGGGGGCUAUCAACUGCUUCUUCAUCCUCUACUAUCUGCUGGAAAUGUUGCUGAAGAUCUUAGCGAUGGGCUUGAAAAGAUACUUGUCAUACCCCAGCAACAGGUUCGAUGGGCUUCUGACUGUCAUUUUGCUGGUUUUGGAGAUUGCAACUUUUGCUGUGUAUGGAUUUCCUCAUCCUGGUUGGAGGCCUGAGCUGAUGGGCUUGCUGUCCCUCUGGGAUAUGGUGCGGCUGGUGAACAUGUUCAUUGUCUUCAGGUUCCUGCGGAUUAUCCCUAAUAUGAAGUUCAUGGCUUUGGUUGUUACUACACUGCUGGAUUUGGUAAAAAACUUGAGAGCCUUUGCAGGGAUCCUUGUGGUGGUUUUCUAUGCGUUUGCCAUCACUGGCAUCAUGCUGUUUCAAGGAGUCGUUGUUCCCUUGGGAAACACCAGCGCUAUCAAUGCAACCUACGACAACGGCACGCUGCAGUGCGGCACCUACGAGCAGCUGGAGUAUUGGCCCAACAACUUCGAUGACUUCACUGCAGCAGUGGUGACUCUGUGGGAUGUGAUGGUGGUGAACAACUGGCAAGUCUUUCUGGAAGCGUUUUCAAGAUACUCCACUCCGUGGGCAAAGAUCUAUUUUGUAGCCUGGUGGUUGAUCUCCUCUGUCAUCUGGGUUAAUCUCUUCGUAGCUUUACUUCUAGAGAACUUCAUUCACAAGUGGGACCGGCGCUGCCAUCGAGCAUCUCUCUCAGAUGUUGAGUACCAGAGGACUGUUGAGCUGAUGUUCAGAGAUGUUUUGGAGGAGCCUACAGAGGAAGAGUUGAUGGAAAAGCUGCACCAGCACCCACACCUGCACUUGUGUAGGUGACUGGUGGGGAAGGACUGACUUGUUUAGACCUCUGUUUUCUUGAGGUUGUCAGCUGGGAGAAGCUGGAUGGAUUUUCUGUGCGGUGCUCUUAGGAGAAAGCAGGACAGUCUGCAAGGUUUUGCCUGGCCAUUCUCUGCAGAAAGUUGGGUUUUAUUUUGGGGUCAUAUCUUUUUGGUUUUUUGUGCUUGAAAAGAAAGAUUUGAAUCCUGCUAAUUGGACUUGGUUUUAAGUUGCGAUUUUAGAGGGAUAGUGGAGCUGUUAUUUUUAUAAACUUAAUACCAGAAUGUGCUCUUUUCCUUCUUGUUUUUAAAGACAGGGAAGUAUGUUUAAAAUGACUGCACUUUAAAACAUGAACUUUCUGAUCACUGAGCCUGCUACUGUUUUCAGCACGAGAAACUGGAACUGCCUUUUCUGGUGGGUGGUGUAGCCGGGGCUGUGCCCUGCAGCUGAUGGAUGAGUUAGGCAGGACCAGAACAAAGUCUUUAAUCUUUUUGUAGGGAGAGUUGAAGCACUAUUUUUAUUGCAGCCUGACACCAGCAGAUCUUACCAAAUUUUCAGGAGUUAAAUCAUGUCAGAACACAAUCAAUUUCCACCCAACAGGGCCUGCCUGCUUCACACAUCCUCUCUUCUUGUUUGUUUUUGGUGUAGGGGGCACGCUGGUUGCAUGCAGGUAACUUGGAGAGCAGUUCUAACUUUGAGUGGUGCAGCUGCACUCAUGGUUUUCAGUGUGGUAAAACUGAGCUCUCCUUCAGAGUAAAUAUUCUCAUGUUGCUUUUUAGUGAACCUUUUCCUUUUACUUCCUUCCAAGGCCUGUUCUACUCUGUAUCUUAUUUGAUAGAAAAGCUGAGGAGAAUGAACUUUGGCUGGCACUGUAAUCAGUGUCAGUCUCUCACUUAAAGGGAGAGGGAGGGUCAAACAAGUUGAAAUGGGCUAACCAAAGCACUUACCAGUUCACAUUUUCGGUCAAGUCUGUGGGAUUUGAAAGUGCUCAACCAGGAUUGCAAGACCACAUUCUUUUAUGGCUUAAUGACCACAUGCUGUAUACCACUAACUUUCACCUGGGUCAUACUUCUUGGGUAAAUGAUGGUGUCUGUAGAGAGUUAACAAUGAGCCACGUCCCCAAGAUUUUUGCUGUCCCUUAGUGUCUCUCUAAAAAAAGCUUUUGUGUGAAGCUUUGUCUCCUAAAUCACUAUGAAGAACAGAAUUGAUCCCAACUACUAUUUUUAUAUGUCAAACUGAAAUUCCCCCUUGGGGUGCUGCCUCGCACUCAGACACUGUCACCAAUCAGUGCUCGGCUCUGCCUUGUCACAGACCUGGGGAAAGUAACUGGCUGUAAACCACUGCUACUGUUCAUAACUCAUCUGAUUCCUUUUUCCAAACAACAAAAUAUUUUGUGGCAGUGCCAAGCAGUCAUCUUCUAUACUUUUCCUCCUCUUUUCCCCUCAUUUGUCUUUUCUUUCUUUCCUGCAGAGGGGAGAGGGAAAUGUCUGGGCUGAUGGCACAUUUGAGCUCCAAAGCUAUUUCUGCCUUCUCAUCUCACUGUCUGGAAGCUGUGUAGUGCUUCUUGUCUGUUUCUUUGGUUUAUGCUUAUUUCCCUUGUACUGCAGAACAAAAUAAACCUUGUAGCUUGCCUGUGUGGCAGACCUAAUCUGAACUGAGCUCUGAGCUACUGCUGCAGUCUUCCUCUGCUUCUCUGAACUUGCCUUUUAAGCCAGGCUCUUGUGUGCGUUCAGUCUCUUGUUUCUGUUGCAGAGUGGUCCACCCAGUAGCUCCCUGGCGCUGGUCUGGGUGGCAUUUCCACGCUUGUUUUCAGUCAUGCACUUAGAACACACAUCAUGGCAGGUAGGUACAGGCAUCAGCAGUGUUGCUGGAUGUGAGGUGUUGUUCGGUACGGUUUGAUGUCAGGGUAGUUUCUGCUCCCCUAGCACAAUGCAGUCACUGUCGCUGACUUGUUGGCACUUACUGACAGAGGUUAAAUAGUCCUGUUUUCUGACAGAGGUUAAGUAGUCCUAUUUUACCUUUCUUGCUGGAGAGCAAGAUUUUAUUUUCCACUGUUCUGAAUACUUGAAGUAGCCUUGCCUUGCCAAAAAGGAAGUGGCUGGCUCUGAAGAGCCUGCAGGUUUAAUGUCUUCUUGUUGUUGCCUUUAAGGUUGUUUGGGUUUUUGCCAUUGUAUUCCACUACCUUCUACCAAAGGAACACAAAUGGGUGUGGGAUUAUCGCCAACACCACAAACAUCUCCAUUAUGUAGGCUCUGCAUCAGGCCAAAGGUGAAGAAGGCUUUCUGAAGGGAAUAGUCUUGUUCUUGCUUCACCUUUAUGUAACUGAAAGCCUAACUAGAAUUGAACAUGAACUUGUGGUUCCUGAUGUCACUUGUACUGGAAGAUGUACACGACCACGAGUCUUAUGCAAUAAUUGUACAAACCAUGGAAAUGAAUGUGUGGAACUGGGUAACAUUGGAAGUUUGCAUUAUUAAAGAAAGGUCCUUUGUAAAAUAUGAAAAGAA